CGCAGAACGACAUGAAUUUCAGCUGACUGGAGUGAUGGUGGCACAGCAAGAGCGGAGCCUCAGCACAUACGGGCAUCGCGUUCUCCACGGCACCGAUAAGUUAUCGAUGUAUGGCCGGCUCUUAAGGUUUUACGUUAUUCAGCAGUGAUGAGAUAUUCGUCGCUGUAUCAUGUCAACCCGCCCACAAGACAGGAAAGAUGUAAACACGUGAAGGGCGCCAAUCGGAGGGGGAAGGUACAAGAUAGAAGGCUCUCACACUGGGAGUAUUCAUGGCACUUGUCCAAAUGCUCUUCCCUUCUAUGGCUGCGACCCUCGUUAGCGAAGUUAUAUCGAUCCAAUCGAUCAUGAUCGUGCAUAGAUUUAACGGACAGAACAAUGUUGUAGCCAUGUCUAAGGGUAUAGAGCGCCUAAGAUGGAGGUACCCUGGCAGUUUCGGAGACAGUAACUUUGCAUUGAAGAGAAAGAUCCGAGUUCACGACGUGACUUCAUUAAACCUGAGAAAGAAGCAACUCUCAUGAGAAAACUUGGCCUUCAGAGGCGCUGGGUUCUGGGUUUGUCAACACGGCUUUAGUCGUAGCUUCGCUCUUGAGUGUGAGAGUACCAUCACGAUUUUGAAUGAAACAGAAAAACAGCCUCCCUUUAUAGCAAG